UUUUUUCUUUCUUUUCUUUUCUUUUAUUUUUCUUAGCUUACUUAAAAAAAGAAUUAUGAUUUUUGAUUCCUUACCAAAAUCGCUUGGGCGUGGAAUUAAGUUUAUUGCAUUGGCUUAUGCCAUUAUUUCUAUUAUUUAUACUGCAACACAUUUCUAUGGUAUCACAAGUAGUCAACAUUCAAGAACACGCAGAAGCAUAAUGGAAUCAUCAAGAUCCUCCGAUACAUUCUUCAUUGCACCACUCUCUCAGCAAGAAAUUGAAAAAGACGAAACUCAAGAUUCAGACCAUAUCUUCUGCUUAGAUCAAGCUUAUUGUUCUGUCAGUGGCAGCAGUAGUAGUAGUCUUCAAAAUGAAGUCACAUACAAUCCCAUUUUACAGUCCAAAGUUUAUUCCAGUUCUAUGGGCCCUUCUCGAGUCAUUCCUUAUUACUCAAAGGCAUCUCGAGACUUCUAUGAACAAGAUAUUUCUAUUUCAACCAUUGUCACUAGUGACCGAUUCCCGGUUCUCAGUCGAUUAGCCUCUAGAUACAAAGGUCCGAUUUCGGCUGCCAUUCAUAUCAUGGAUGAUGAAAAUAAGCAUGCCAUUAUUAGCCAACUUCAUCAAACUAUUCAAGACAACCCAGACAUGAAGCGUUUUGUUGAUAUUCAUUUGAUUGUCGAUAAAUUUGAUAGGCAAUUCAAUAUGUGGCGAAAUACAGCCAAACUUUAUGCUCGUACGGAUUACAUCAUGAUGUUAGACAUCGACUUUUAUCUAUGUACCGACUUCCGAAAGCAGAUUUUACAGAAUCCUGGUCUAUUGGAGAUGUUGGAACAAGGUCGCACGGCUUUUGUGGUACCAGCCUUUGAAUAUUUGGCUCAAUCAGAUGGGUUUGAUAGCGCACAUUUCCCUCACACUAAAGAUGGUCUGCUCAAGCAAGUUUUUGAUGAGGAAAAACUCGACAUGUUUCACCGCGAUUGGGAUAAAGGUCAUUCUUCUACAAAUUAUGCUAAAUGGUAUCUUGCAGAUGAACCCUAUCUUGUAGAAGACUACAAUUUUUCAUAUGAACCUUAUGUUGUUUUCAAAAGAAGCAGUUCGCCUUGGUGCGAUGAACGUUUCAUUGGCUAUGGUGCAAACAAAGCAGCUUGUUUAUACGAAAUCUACUUGUCUGGCAUUAAUUAUUACGUAUUGCCUAAUGACUUUAUUAUCCAUCAAUCCCAUGAUUAUCCCGAAGCUACACGUAAAAGAGAGCGCUUGUUUAAUCGCAAAGUAUACGCCAAUUUCAGAGAAGAACUUUGUCUUCGUUACGCUCGCCAAUUUGUUGCCAAUGGUGAAUGGGACUCGGCUGUUUCAAACAACUUACGUUCUGAAUGUCAAAAAGUUCGUGGGUUUGCAAACAUCAUUGCAAACAUUGACCAAUAGAUCAACUUAAUAUUUAAUCCUUGUACAGUUCUUUUGCAUAUACAUACAUAAUAAAGCUCGGCUCUUUUUUCUUUUCGUU